UAUGUGAGUGUUGGAGGUAGUGCUUAAAAGUUGGGCGGAUGUUUGAAAUAUGUGCAGGAGUGGUGGCUCUCUUAAGAAAUGAAAAGAAAAAUGAAAGUGAAACGAAGAAAAAAAUAAUUGAAAGUAAAAGAGAGCCACUACCAAAAAUCUGAAUAAUGCCCCGUAAGUAGUGUUUCUUAGCAGUCUGGCUUGGAAAUGCUGAUGUUUAUGCCUCCUUCGUUCUUGUGUUCUUAAGAUAUUGAGUAAUGCAGAAUAGCAGAAAGAAAAUACCGGUUUGUUUGACUGUGAUUGUGUGUUUGGAAAAUGUGGAACCUUUUGCUAUGAAUACUUCCACCACCUAAAAGGCCUUUUCCCCAUGUCCAAGACCCUAGCCAGUCAUUUGAACCUGUGUCUAAGACCUCCUGAUUAGUUAGUGGUGACACCCCAUAUGUGAACUCUAGCAUUUAGAGGCUGCCAUCAUGGUGAAGAGAUGAUAGGGAUUGAGAGAAAUAGCAUGCGCAUCUUUCGCAUCAAAUUGUCCUGACCCCACUGGUCGAGAGUGAGUGAUUCAUUUUCAUUUUCUAUAUGCUCUUGUACCCCGGUGAGGACCUAGAUUGCUCGGUCUCUAUUCUGAUGUCUUGAGUUGGAUGCAUGAGUUGACUGUUUUGAGUAAGUGGUUGAAUCAAGUCUAGGUUGGCCAGUGAACAGACGGGAGACUCUUCCUUUACUCGAUUUGCUGCACUCAAAUGUCCUUUGUGGUGGUUGUCCAGGUUGUUAUUGAGGUUGUGCAUGUAUUGAUGUUUGAAAACCAGUGCGAUUCACGUGUUCUGUGCCUUUAUGACUUGUCCCCAAUGUUGGUUGAUUGAAAUGUGUAGGCUUACCUAGUGUCUGACUUGGUUUGCUUGGGGACAAGCAAACGGUUAAGUGUGGGGGAGUUUGAUAGACCGUCAUUUACACAUGUUUUUACCCCCGUUAUUACACCGUUUGAGGUGUUGAUUCUCGUGUUUUAGGCCGAUUUCACGCUAGGUUGUGCUUGUUUGUGAUAUUUCAUGUCCUAGUACGUGAAUGAAGGCUUAGGAGCGAGUCUGGGGUCAAUUGGACGAAGAACGGACGAAUGGCGAGGUUUUUGGGGAGCUGCACGGGCAGACCAGGGAGGCUGCACGGCCGUGCACGGUUGCAAGCUGGCCGUGCGCCUCAUGCCGAGGAGCUGCACGGACAGGCCCUGAAGAUUGCACGGCCGUGCACCUGGCCGUGCAAGAAGCCUGAGUUCGACUUAAGGGAUACGCUGCGUUUCAUGGUGCACGGCCAGAAUGGUGAGGUGCACGGCCGUGCACCCUGGCCGUGCAACUCGGGAAACCCGGUUUUAAAGCCUAAUCCGAGCCAGAAGUGAGAGGAGAGUGUUUUCAGAGCAAAAACAGAGCCCUAGAGAGAGAAAGUACGAAGAACACAUCCUAGAAGCUGUCUUAGAGCUGGAUUUCAUCGAAUCGAGCCUGGAGAUCGUCAUAGGAGUGAAAAUCAUCGUCCCGGAGCAGAUUAUCCUCAUCGUUAUGAGUAUGACUAAUCCGAUUCUUGUUUUCUCUUCUCUCUCUAUGGAGUAGAACCCUUCUCUCACUUGGGGAUGAAGAACCCUAGUUCCAUGCGUUAGGGGAUUGAUUGUAAUGACUUGGGAUGAUACUACUGUUUGAUUUUAAUCGAAUGAUGCAUGUUUCAUGAAUUGAUUUGAGUCUGAUCAGCUUGUCUCAAUUUCUGCUUCAACCUGAGAUAGAUAGAAUCUGAUUAGGUUGUUAGAGCCUCUUCAUUCGAUAGUAGGAGGUUGGCUAUACGAGAGUUAGCCAGUUUACUGCUUUGUAUUGGUGUUCUUGGCGCCAGUAGUGGAGUUCUGGGUUCAUAGCCUCAGCUUUCUAUCCCGGUGAAGACUAGUCGUCUGCCGGGUAGUUAGACUGAGAGGGCUUGGUCAGCUUAAGAGAUUCCAAGCUACUGUCGGAUCUUCCGCAGUCUAAUCAACAGUAAAUCAACCCAGGGUAAAUUGCAAUUGAAACCUAACUAAGGAGCUAGGGGGAUUCAUUCCCGAGUGACUCUUUCCUGCUUAAGAAAACCGAUUAAUUUUC